AUGAAUGAAGUAUAUGCCUUCUACAGUCAGUUCCUGCGCAAGUAUUCGGCUACUAAUACCUCUUUUCUCCUCUUAGAAACCACCAGCCACUGCGCUAUCGACACCUUUCCUGACGGCUAUACUCCGCGGUGUACAGCUACAACCCUGUUUGGUAGGCUCGGCUAUCGGCCCUCAAGCGGAAGUACGACCCCCACGGCUUCUUCAACGCGUAUCAUCCUAUUCCGCUGGAUCCGGGUCAGUGGGACCUGCUCCGUGGUGACGCGGCUGGUGGACUUCCAGAAUAUGCAGGGCCAGACGGCUCUCGCCGCAGCCACCGAGCGAGGCCAUGUAGCGAUCGUGGAGGAAUUGGUGCGUGCUGAAGCAAACCCGAAUAUCGGAGAUCACACGGGAAAGACCCGCUGCACCUGGCCAGCCUCCGGGGAGACUCAGUUCUAG